GUAGCGGUAAACAUCGGGGAAUAAAUAGAUUGAUCGGUGAGUCGCAUCUUGUUCCAAUUAUAAAACAUGAAAGAAAAACGAAAGUGAAUUGAACUCAGCUUCGGUUGACAUGAUAUAAAGCUAAUUUGGCUGUUAUGGAAGUAUCAAAUUCAAUGAAACAACCACACAUCUUGAUAGCAUAUCUAUUUUCUUUAUUUAAAUAAAACUGCGCUGAUAACGAACCCGUAUUCAGUACGGUUACAAGAGCGACACACGAAUGAUGUCCAUUCGAAUAGCACUAAUCCAGCUUCGAGUUGUCGGAUCAAAACGAGAAAUUCUCCGCAAAGCCGUAGAAAGCAUACAAACAGCGGUUAAUGACAAAUUAGCCACUGUAGUGGUACUACCCGAAAGCUUCAACUGUCCAUAUGACGAGGAAGCGCUUAAACAAAGUGCAGAGAGAAUUCCAUCCGGUGAGACCAGCGAAACAUUAUCCAAAGCAGCUAAAGAUUUUGGAGUUUAUGUUGUGGGCGGAUCGAUUGUUGAAACCAGUUCUGAUGAUGGACUACUUUACAAUACUUGUGUAGUUUGGAAUCCGUCCGGUCAAAUGGUGGCUAAGUAUAGAAAAAUACAUUUAGGGGACGCCAACAGCUCUUCCAAACCAAUCAUUCAAGAAUCGGCACUUUUCACCGCUGGGAACUCGUUCGCAACAUUCCAAGUCGGAUCGGUGAAAUUCGGCCUAGGAAUCUGUUGGGAUAUGCGUUUUCCGGAGAUGGCCUCGAUUUAUCGACAGCUAGGCUGCGCAGCGCUCAUCUAUCCAUCUCUGUGCGAUGUGAAAACUGGUGAGCUACACUGGGAACUACUGGCCAGGAGUAGAGCUUUAGACUAUCAAAUGUUCGUAGCUUUCUGUUCGCCGGCAAAGAAUUCAGCAGCAAAGCUGGUGGCAUUCGGACAUUCUUUAGUUGCCGAUCCUUGGGGGAAAACGAUUGCCAUGGGGAGCGAAGGGGAAGAAAUUGUCGUUGCUGAUUUGAAGCUGGAUCUGCUUGCAGCGGUUCGGUUGCAGAUUCCGGUAUCACAACAGCGACGGGAUGACUUAUACGAGGUGCGGAAUAAAACAAGAAUGGACUGAAAUAGAUUUCAGUUAAUAUUGUAAAUGUUUUUGAUCAAGACUGAAAUCCGAGUUAGCUUAUCUUUCGACUAUGGGAACGUUCUUAUUCAAAUCAAACCGAAAAAUUUUGACAAACAUU